GGAGCACAGAGGGGCUGCUGAGAUGGAGAGUCCCAAGACUGAUACAGAAAUGGCGUAUCCUGAGAUUAUAGUAGAAGUGGGCAGAGUCACUUUUGGAGAAGAAAACAGGAAGAAGAUGACCAAUAGCUACUUGAAAAGAUCUGAGAACUCCAAAAUCAUCCAGGCUAUAUGUGCACUGUUAAAUUCUGGAGGGGGUGUGAUCAAAGCAGAGAUUGAUGAUAAAACCUAUAGUUACCGAUGCCAUGGGCUGGGACAGGAUUUGGAAACUUCUUUUCAAAAGCUCCUUCCUUCAGUUUCUCAGAAAUACCUUGAUUACAUGCAGCAGAGGCACAGUCUCCUGAUUUUUGUGAAGCCGUGGAGCCCAGAUGUUUUCAGCCUCCCACUAAGGAUUUGCAGCGUGCGCUCCAAUAUAUAUCAGAGAGAUGUCACUUCCGCUAUCAACUUGAAUGCCACCGGUGCGCUGCAGCUUCUCAGAGAGAAGGAGUCUAGAUGCCAAAGAGAAAGGCCAAGGGUGAAGGAGCUGCAGUCUCGGCAAGUUCUCCACAGAGUCAUUCAGGAAGAGGAAGAUAUGAAGAUAUCUGCCUCAGAAUUUUUUAAAAGAGACAAACUCAUGUAUAAGGAGAAACUCAACUUUACGGAGUCAACACACGUUGAGUUUAAAAGGUUCACCACCAAAAAGGUUGUACCUCGGAUUAAAGAAAUGCUGCCUCAUUAUAUUUCUGCAUUUGCCAACACUCAAGGAGGGUACCUAAUUAUCGGGGUGGAUGAUAAGAGCAAAGAAGUGUUUGGAUGUAAGUGGGAAAAAGUGAACCCUGACUUAUUAAAAAAAGAAAUAGAAAACUGCAUAGAAAAAUUGCCUACAUUCCAUUUCUGCCAUAAGAAGCCAAAGGUGAAUUUCACUACCAAAAUCUUGAAUGUGUACCAGAAAGAUGUUCUGUAUGGUUAUGUCUGUGUGGUUCAAGUGGAGCCCUUCUGUUGUGUAGUGUUCGCACAGGCCCCAGAUUCCUGGAUCAUGAAAGACAAUUCUGUCACAAGGCUGACAGCUGAGCAGUGGGUGGUCAUGAUGCUGGAUAUUCGGUCAGCUUCCUCCAGUUUGGCCACACGCUACAGCUCUCAACUGAUUUCAGCAGCUUCAUCUGCACCAAGCAGCCCAGGAUAUCCUGUAAAAGUCCUGGAAUUUAAGGAGGCUCUGCAACAACAUUCGUUUCCAGUGACACAGGAAGAGAUACAGUUUAAACCAGAGUCCCUCUGUCAGAAGCUAUUCUCAGAUCAUGAAGGACUGGAGGAAUUAAUGAAGACACAGAUAUAUCCUUGUUCUCAGGGGAUUGUGAUAUUUUCUAGAAGCUGGGCUGGUGAUGUUGGCUUAAAGGAAGAACAGAACAUCCUGUGCGACGCUCUCCUAAUAGCAGUUAACAGCCCCCUGGUUCUCUAUACAAUCCUGAUAGACCCCAGUUGGCUUGGAGGACUUGAAUAUGCCCGAAACACUGCUCAUCAGUUAAAGCAGAAACUGCAAACUCUUGGUGGUUACACAGGAAAAGUGUGCAUCAUUCCAAAGCUGAUACACCUGACCAGCACACAGUGUAGACCUGGUGAGAUCCCUGUGCACUACCCCCAAUCCUACAGGCUUGCUGAUGAAGAUGAAAUGGAAGACUUGUUGCAGGCCCUUGUGGUGGUCUCCCUGUGCUCCAGAUCUUUUCUGAGUGACCAGCUGGGCUGUGAAUUUUUCAACUUGCUCGUAGCGGAGCAGGGCGAGUUGCUUUCUGAGAGCCUCCAGGACAUGCGGGAAUUGUUCAUCCACUGCUUUCCAGGAACCAGGAAGACAGCCCUAGUCAUAAAAAUCAUGGAGAAAAUUAAGGAUUUGUUCCACUGCAAACCAAAAGAGAUCCUCUAUGUUUGUGAAAGCGACUCCCUAAAGGAUUUUGUGAUCCAACAAACCACCUGCCAAGCUGUGACCCGGAAAACCUUCAUGCAAGGGGAGUUUCUAAAGAUUAAACACAUAGUGAUGGAUGAGACUGAGAAUUUCUGCAGUAAAUAUGGUGAUUGGUACAUGAAGGCUAAGAACAUCACCCAUCCAAAGGUGAGAGGGGCUGGAAGUGAAAACCUUCACCGUGGGGUUCUCUGGAUUUUUCUGGAUCCUUUCCAAGUCCAUCAUGCAGAUGGCAGUGGUCUUCCCCCUCCAUCUGCUCAGUUUCCUCGAAAAACACUCACCGAUGGGAUCCAUUGUUCUCUGGAGAUAGCAAAGGUCAUGAAAGAAGAAAUGAAGAGAAUCAAAGAAAAUCCUCCCUCCAACAUGUCCCCAGACACAUUGGCGUUGUUCAGGGAAGCUGCCUAUGAGGAAGCAAUGUGUGCCCAGGCUCUGCCUGGGGUGUGUGAGACAAAGACUAACCUGACAACAGAACAAAUAGCGAAUUAUGUGGCAGAAAGAUGUCACAGCCUGUUCCAGUGUGGCUAUCUGCCCAAAGAUAUAGCGAUUCUAUGCAGGAGAGGGGAGGACAGAGGACGCUAUAAGCUUGCACUGCUGAAAGCAAUGGAAUUAACUGAGACCCAAGGAGCACCAGAGGUUGUGUUCAGCCAGGCCACUGGUGUUUGGGGCGGUCACAUCAUUCUAGACAGUAUUCAGCAGUUUGCAGGCCUGGAGAGGAAUAUCGUGUUUGGGAUUAGUCCAGAACGUGCCCAGUCAGAGGAAUUUCCUAAGCUCUGCUUUGCCUCAAGAGCUAUUAAACACCUCUACCUGCUUUAUGAAAGGCGGGCAGCCUUCUGAAAAUUAUUACAAAUGAGGCAGGAAGCCAGGAAGAGCAGAGUCCAUUCGCCCAGAUGGGUGGCAGCUACUCCUUUUUAAUAUUACAAGUAAGGAAGUCGAGGCACAUCGGUAUGG